CAUCGAAAAGUAAUGGCUGCCAUUACAAUAAUUAUGCGUACAACUAACGUCGGUAGAACUUGCUAGGCCGCGUAGUGAUCUCGAUUUCGUUGUAACUGUGCCACGCAUCCCAGGACAAUUUCUAGAAAGCCACCUAGAUAAUGGCGUUGUUACAGUUUCUGUCUCCACUGAACUAUCGAAAGGCUCCCCGCGGCCGGACACCCGAGUGACGGCAAAGUGCAAUGCAGUACACUCAGUGAGAUUAUAAAAAAAUGUAUGUAAACAUUUACGCUAACGUCACAGAAUAUGCUGCAGAACCUUCCGCGCCUGCACAGAGCCAAAAUGAAGAAUGCAACGUGUGUGGGGAAGGCCAUGUGACUGCAGCAUGCCCACUCUUGGGCCUGGCCCAGAAAGUCGAUGACAAGUCAGUGCCGUCGCGGGCACGCUUGUCGCUUCCACCAACAUUGGCCUUGGCUGAAAAUGAAGAGUGUGGUCCUCGCGUCACAGCCCGUGAGGACAUCGCUGUGGGGACCCAGUUUGGGCCUGUUGAGGCCCCCCGAUACCGUGCUUUCAAGGGAAGGCCACGCUUUAAGCUCAAGGUGUUUCCAACCAAGGGUCGUGCCACUUGUCUUGACACGUCUGAUGAGUAUCAGUGCAACUGGAUGUGCUUUGUGGAGCCCGCAUCAGAGCCAUCGACGCAGAACCUUAUUGCUUAUCAGCUGGGUCAAGACAUCUACUUCAGUGUGCAGAAGCCGAUUAAGUCUGGUGAUACACUGUACGUCGGCUAUGCACCGCCAUACGGGCGCAAGAUGGCUGGACCAACUGAAGAACCUCAAGCAGCAACCACAGCGACAGUACCCGCGCAGCCGGGUGGUCCACCGGCUAAAAGAAAAAGGGGACGGCCACCCAGAAGUGUCUCUCUAACACGCCCCACAAAAGUCACCAUCAUACCACAGGUUGAUCCUGGACAAGCUGUCUUGUCUGGAGACUCGCCAGCAGAUGGCACGGUUAGCCUGGAAGCAGCCUCGAGCGUGGUCUCCUCGCACGACCGCCAGCAGUGGACUUGCUCGCAGUGCGGACGUCUGUACAGAGACAGUGUGCUGUUUGCACGGCACCUACAAGACCAUUACCGGCCGGCCUACCUACGAGAACUCAUGGGUCGGCACCGCGAGGGAGGCCGGCCCAAUGCCACCCGUGGUCGUGGAAGGCCAAGGUCACAGCCAUUGGCACUGCAGAGCGGUCAAGUCAUGGUGAUGGCAAGUUCUGGGAACAGUUCUGAUGCGGUACCAAUGGAAGCAACUACUGAAGAUGCCAAUGGAGCCCUCUUGAUUCAAGAUGAUGCGGUGAGCCAGAUGACAAACCAGAACGGAGCUGUGACUGACAACCAGGAGUCUCAGGAGAAGGAUGCUUUGAGUGAUGGACCCCACCGGCAGCUUCUCAUCCAGCUACAGGAUGGCUCCAUUCAUGAGAUAUUGUCCUUUGAUGGGAAUCUCAACCUGCCAGCCACUGCAGCCAUCGUUGAAGGGCAGCAGACAGGCGAAGGCAUCCAACUAGUUGAAGACAGUUCCUGCGCAGCUGCUCCAACAACUGCCAUGACUGUGACAACUCUCGAUCAGCUGUCGCUGCAACAGUUCCCGCAAGAGGCAGUGGUGGCUGUGGCAAGUGGUCAGGCCGCUGUUCAGCAGCGGCAACAGCAGCCAGCUGUUCUUGUCAGACGUGGCAGAAAGCCGAAGGCAAGUGGAGCAACCGCUCGCGAGGCAGACGUCACACCCACACGAAGGUUCGAAGAAGUGGAACGGCAGUCGGCGGGCAAAUACAACCUGAGAACGACGCGCAAGGCCCUUGUCGUCAAUGAUGAGGUUAAUGAUGAGGACUCUGAUUACGAAGGGGACGACUACUCAGACUACGAAAGUGGUUAUGAUGGCAAGUAUGCCUCGGGCUUUGAGUCAGACUCCCAGCUUCCCGGUGACCAGACUGUGACAAAUGACUCCACGGGUCCUCGCAUUGCAACAACGGCUGAAGGACAGCCCGCAGACCCCAACAGUCACGCUCUGGCCAGUGGUGUUCCUAAGGAGUUGCAUGUAGCUGUGGAGAUGCUGACCUCAUUGCCUUGCCAGUCUAGCGACCAACCAAUGGACAUAAGUGAUGGCUCCGGUGGCCCAGUCCAGUCCUCUGAAGCCACGCUGGAGAAACAACCACAGGAUUUGUCAGCCGUGGUUGCUGAAAGCCUUGGCACAGCUUCUGAGGCAAUGGUCGCAGAGCCUGCGGAUGCAUAUGCAACUGAAAGCACAGAGGUCCAAGAGGAGGGCGGCGAGGUGGUAGAAAAGUUCUACAGGAAUGUGGAGCAGGUUCGGCUCGACCGGCCCAAGAGGCCAGGCCGUUUCUCGUGCGACCUGUGCGGCAAAGGCUUUAACCAGACACUGUAUCUGUUUCGGCACAUCCGUAAACACACUGGCGAGUUCACCUGCCACCGGUGCAAUAGGGUGUUUGCACGCAAAGAGAACCUGCAGAACCAUGCCUGUUCCGGGCGAUCGAUGGAGCGGUCAGAGUUGCCCUGCACCGUGUGCGGCAAGAUUUUUGGCACAGACCGACUGCUUCGCCGGCACAUGGCAAAGCACACGGGGCAGCACAUGUGCCCAGACUGUGGCAAGAGCUACACUACCAGGGAGAUCCUGGCGAACCAUGCAUGCCCACAGCGGCCCAAAGUGGAGAGGUUCAGUUGUGGUGUAUGUGGCAAGGCGUUCACGCGGCAUGGCUACCUGCUGAAGCACCUGCCUGUACAUACAGGGCAGCACACAUGUCCCGUGUGUGGCAAGUGGCUGCGCUCGCUCGACUCUCUCGCCAACCACAUGCGCCUCUGCACCCAAGUACAGGAGAUACAGCUGCACGGGCAGGCUGCCUGCUCACACUGCCAGAAGGUGUUCACCAACGCAGCUGAGUUUCGACGGCACCAGUACGAGCACACGCACGUGCACCAGUGCGAAGUGUGUGGGGGUCGCUUCCGCAACCCCACACUGCUUGCAGCGCACGUGUGCCAAGGGAAGCCAGUGGACUGCGAGGCCUGUGGUGAAGUCUUUGACUCCGUUGCUGCCCGUGAUCAGCAUCAGGCUGUUGCGCAUGGAGAACCACAGUUCAAGUGUGAGGCGUGCGGCAAGGCUUUCUUCAAGCAGGAGACACUGUCGAAGCACCCGUGUGUCAACAUACUCGAUGCCACCGGCACCGAUUCGGGAUCACGCAAGCGGGAUGCCAACCUAACUCCUCUGGUGUGCGAGAUUUGUGGCUCAACUUUCUCUUCGACGAGCAGUCUCAACGUCCACAAGACCCUUCAUGGGGAGAAGCGAUUCCAGUGUGACAGUUGCGGCAAACGCUUCCAUCGCAAGGACCUCUUGUUGGAGCACCACGCAGUACAUGGUGAUCCAACGUUCCCGUGUCCAACGUGCCAAAAACUCUUUAAGACCAAGAAGUCCCUGGACGUGCACAUGAUGAUUCACAGUGGUGUCAAGAGGUUUAAGUGUGGUGUCUGCGGAAAGGAGUUCUUCCAAAAGGGCAACCUUCAGAAGCACGAGGACACGCACUUGAGUGAGAGGCGGCACCGUUGCACCGUCUGCCAGAAGGUAUUCACCACGAGAGAGUCACUGGCCCGCCACGUGCUGGAACACUCCCAGGGCAAGAGCUGCACCUGCGAUGUCUGCGGGCGGGGCUUUGUCAAGGAGCACCAGCUACGCAGCCACCAGCGCAUGUUCCACUCGGCACAGAAGUACCUGUGCUGCUACUGCGGCCUCAGCCUCAAGCUGCGCCACUCUCUCAAGCGGCACCUGCGCAAGAAGCAUCCCGAAGAGGAGUCCCAGUGGUCCAACCCCGACGCACUUAGUGCCAUGUUAGCCCCCAAGGCUUCCGGGAACACUGGGCUCGAAUCGGACAUGGGCCUAGAUACAGACGCCACUGUUGAGAGUCUUCAGCAUGCUGCAGAGACAGCUACCAAUCCAACAGUGACCAGCUUUGAAGUGGCUUUCGAAGGCACAAACAUUACUGCCGCCAUGUCUGGUGUUGGAACCAACAUCGUGCAAGAUUCUACGGAAUCUCUUGUGGCUAAUGUAAUGGGUCAACACGGCAGCUCAGAGGUUCUCCUGGCAGUUGAAGGCCUUAGCAGUGAGGAACUUCGUGAGGCGAUUGCCAGUGGUCGAGCCCAGAUAAAGCAGGGGCCAACGCCAGACACCAUAGAGAUUUCUAUGCCUUUCGAUGUGGCAGAUGAGACUGGCAGGCAGGUGACGUACAUGGCUAACCUGGUGGACCCUGCAGACCAGGUAGUGGUCAAUGAUGAGACGUCUGUGAUCACUGAGAAUGUACUCGAGGAAGAAUCUGUGCUGAAUCAAGCAGCAUCUGGACAAUACAUAGUCUCUGCUGGUGUCUCUGAACUGAGUGAAACAGUUGUCGCUGCUGGAACCAUGGUGGAGGAGCAUACUGCCAUCCAGUCCCUGCAGGAUGACUCAUCUACACAGAUGCAGAACAUGGUGGUACAGGAGGCAGUGGACACAAGUUCAGAGCCACAGUAUGUCACCCUGCCUACAUAUGAGGCAGAAGCAACAGCAGAAGACCAGCAGACUGUUGCACUCGAGGCUGCAGACAGUGGAGGGGCAGCUGUAGUGGCAGCAGCUUCCGAUCUCCCAGCUGCACUUUCCUAUGAGGAACCCCAGUUUGUGGUCACCGAGCAAGAAGUUGCCGAUGGUACCCGCAUUGUAUACAACACAGGCCAGCUCCAAGAACAAGCAGGCAUACCCCAAGGCACCAUUGUUCUCGACGAUGGCACCAUACUGCAACAAGAGGAACAGCAGGGUGCUUCUGCUGACCUUCUCCUUUAUGUCCUCACUACAAGUGAGACACAAGAUGGCUGACCAAAGACAAAAUUGGUGACCAGCGUAGGCAUGAAGUUACAUAACGACAGCAUUGAACCAAGGCCUGUGUGGAAAAUGCAAUCCUGUAAGGCACGUUGUGGCAGACGUACGGUGAUGUGCGACUGCAGACGUGAUUAUGUGCUGCUUCUUGCAUUGAAAGGAGCCACAGAUGGAUGUUUUGUAGAUAUUAAGACAUUUGUACAGCCAUCACUGGUUAAGCAAUGUGGCACUGUGGUGAAGUGGCAAAGAUGUUGACGUAGUGCCUGUAUCAAUGACUUUUAGUUGAGCGCUUUCCUUGGUUGAAUGGCAUAGCAUUAUGUGAGGCGGAGUGUUUGUUUUUUCUUUAGUGUAUAAAAAUUUAGUUGAAAGAGUAUGCAUGGGCACUUGGGAACACUUCACCUUCACAAGCUCAUUGAAAUCGAAACUGACGGGGUAAAGAGAAUGCGUAUAAUGUCGGUCUCACUGCCUACACCUAACGUCACUCUGUAGUCAUCAACUUUCACAUGACGCUGUUACAAACAGGCUACUUGUAGAAGAGUUGAGAUCUGGGCCAGUUCUGAAUCCUUCUGAGGCCUUUCUCUUUUAUUUCUUUUUUUCAUUUUACGGCAAGCAGCCCAUCAUUUUGAUGCCAGUGGUAGCGAAUUCUGGCAUAGUUUUGCUGCAGCACGGAAUCGGUUUGGGAUAAAACAAUGAUGUAGUUUCGGCACAACUGCAACAUUUCAAGGUGUUGUGCUAUUGCAGAAAGCGAAAAAAAAUGUGUAAGAAUAGGCUUUCUUCACUGAUGAAGUAACUUGGAAUGCUUAAGCAUAAUGGCAAGACUUGGCGCGUGGAGAACAGGACACAGAAAAGAAGACGCAGGACAGCGCCUGUCUCGUGUCUUCUUCUCUGUGUCCUAUUCUCCACGCGCAAAGUCUCGCCAUGAACCAGCUCGCCCAGUACACCAUUUUACUUCAGUUCGCCUAAGCAUAAUGCUCAAUUCUGAUAGCGUGCCAACAAUGCUACCAACUGGCAAAGCAUUGUGGAAGUCUUUGCAGCGCGAGACACAAAUGCAGAAGGAAUAAAGCGCCGACGAGACGAACACAAGUGACGCGGACAAGCGCUUACUGACAAUUGAUGAUUCAGUUGAUAAUCUUUGCAUAAACACCUGACAUGUUAAUUAUUAUAUUUUGUAUGGAUUCCUCCUCUGAAAGAGGCACGAAUGAAAUCUGUGUAAAUAUAUUUAUUUUGUACCUAAGCUUCAGUAGCGCCAUCUGUGGGUCAUUCAGCCGUGUGCCUGGCAUCAGCAUAUACUACAUACUCGUGCAUUAACAUGCAGGGACUGCAAUUUCUAUUAGCUGUAGGCUAGGGGAAAAAAAAAAAAAAAGAAGCUUCACCAGAUCAUCCAAGGGAUCUGCAACAAGUUUAUGAACCACUGCAGCAUGUAGUUGCAGUUUGCCGUCCAUUUUUGUAUGCAUCCGAUACGACAAGCCGUGCACAUGUAGAGUAAGUUCAUUGCAGGAAAACUUGUAGCAGAGUCACCUCAACCUUGCUUCCACAUCUUGGCCUUGUAAACACAGUUCCACUUUAGUCACGUCAAGGAACAUCGAGCACCAUUGGCUACACAAAUGUUCCCAUUUACAGGACCAAAAGCUUAGCUGAGGAAUCCAGCUUUGAAAACUAGCUUAAGAAUGUUAAGACACAAUGUCAGGCAUAGCACAGAUGCACUGUAUUCUGCUGUGGAGCACCAAGUUGUAUAAAGUACCACGUUGGGCCUGCUUGCCACUUGCGAUUAUAAAAUAUCUUUGCGAUCUGCAUAUGCUAACAAAUCUCAAAUCAAAAUAUAGCAGUCCAACAUCACAGUUGCCAGGAUGUUGUCUUCCCCAGCAUGAACCCUAAAGAGAUCUCUUUGUGGAAGCAAGUGCAGUAUUACCUUCACUUAUGGUAGAAUUUAACUACAUGACCUGCUGCUAUAGAGAGUUGGCCUAAUAGGUUAGAGAUCAAGAUUAUACGAGCAGCGCCGAGCAGCACGAUGAAGCGAAGCAGAUUACAUGAGCGUUAUGCUACACAGGCAAGUGCUAGUGUUUAUUUGCAAUAUCAGUGGUCCAAGCUAUUUCCUCUGACCAAAUGGCAAUAUGGUAUGAUUGCCUAUUAAGUGAAUUAUAUGUAUAUGCUAACAAAAUACAUCUAUAUGACAAUUCCGACAUGCACUGGUGUGAGGCACUAGUUUUUACGAGAUUCUGUUAUGUGGCCACCUUUGCGCACUAAUCCUGCUAAGAUGUCUUUCAAUUGCAUAAUGGCUGGUGUUAGAAAAGCAAGAGGAACAAGCUACUUCAAGCUAUGAAUUUAGGCACGUGCUAUGAAACUUGCAGAGAGCUUGUGUUGGUUUGUUCACUUUUACAGGUGUUAAAGCAGCACUUCAUAGUUGUGGUAAGACUCUUUUUGACUGCUGUGGAUAUGCAGAGCAUUUGCUAGGACAAACAACAAGACAGGCUGGCUGAUUAAGAACGGUGUAAUUAAAGAAACAGCUAAACGCUCUGGAAGCCUGCGGUAAUGUUUUUAUGACCUCUAAAAGCACAGAAAAUAUUUUGCAAUGCUUCCAAAGCUGGUACAGCUUCCUAUUCAUCAUGUGUAGUACUUUCCUACCUUCUUGGUAUUAUAUUGUGCAUAUUCAUGUCCUUGAAUAUUCCAGGUACCCAAUGCCAUUCAUAAAAUGAGAGUUAAUGUAUUGUAGCGUUUACUUCCACAAGCGGUUUUUACAUAAAGUUGGGCGUUUCUUCAUAUCUACAACCACAGCCUCCGCUUGUGAUCUGCUCAACAAUUCUUUAAGCAUGCCGACAGCUUGAGACCCAUUUGUUAUGAUCAUCAUUCCUUAUAUCAAGUGUACAAAUGUGCAUUGUGCAGUAUUUUACUUAUGAAAAGCAGUUCGAAGUGAUUGACUUGCUUUCAAUUGAUGAGACGAACAUCUAAGGUGUGUUGGACUUGUCACCCAGAUAAAGCCUCUAUACAUUUUCAUAGGAGAGUACACGAUUUUCUACAUAAAUGUACUAUUUCUGUGCAUAUAAGCUCUUUGUAUAUCUGUAUAUAUGGCAUAUUCAAGCUCAUAGUGGCAGCAUUUGUUUUGUGGUAUGGAUGUUAAAGGGGCGGUGACGCCAAAUUUUGAGGCUAUAAAAAGCCUGCUGCAGGCUUCCUCUGUAUGCAAGGACACGCAGCACGAAGUGUUGGACACAGCAAACAUUUGGAAUAUAUAUUAAUUUGCUUCCAAAGUGUGCCUAAAUGCUCAUUCCCGCGAUCGAGACCCAUUGCUAGCGUGACUGACACCGAUGUCACUGUGUUGUAAGUGUAACAAAAGUUUUAGUGACGUCAGACCAUAUUAGAGUGACGUGCAAUGAGCGGUGACCCACAGCUCCACUGCACCAGGCAAGCCAAGAGAGCAUCGUCUGCGAACCUACACUAAUUUUUUCUCAACAUGUUGCUGAAGUAGCCAAACCUACUCGCAGUUUGCAAAGUCCUUCCAACGUCACACGAACCUAUGAAGAAGACUUUAGAAUUUUAGUUUGUUCGCACACUCCUUUGCUUUAGCAUACUAGGCAACCGUAGCCGUACACGAGACCGGAUAGGUGGGGCCUCCUGGUGGCGCUAAGAUGAACCAGGCAAGCACAGAAUUGUUGCUGCAGAACUCUAAUGUAUUCUACUUUUCUGCUGGUGUAAAUUCUUGGCAGCAACAUAGUUCUGACUGUGUUGCCUUUUCAAACAUUUUUUCGCCACGGUCACUCAGCGAAAACAAACGCACCUAUAAUUGUGGUUGCACAAGCGUCACAAGAUGUCGAUACCAUCGUCCAAUAACCCACUUUCCACAAAGAUCUCUUCGUAUAUCGGAAUUUCGUACCAGCUAUAUUCUCUAUUAGAGAAUUUGAGCGAGUUUUGAAGGCAACCGGACGAUUGCUCGCGUGUGUGCGCAAGAGCAGUCGAUGCAGCACUGCGUGCAUCACAGCUUUGUGGUCCCACAUAUUCAAGCUUCCUACACAGUGACGUCAUUGUCCAACUCAGAGCCUAGAAACCGAGACCGAAAGUUGUUUGUAUAUAAGUAAGGCGAUAUCAAAUUAUUUAGUGAGAAUACAUGAAUCUUGGAGCGUGCAUCAUGCUUUCUGGAGCAAUAAGAAAUGUCUUCAACAAAGAAUGUGGAAGCCACAAAUUUGAUGGCACCACCCCUUUAACCUUACACUUGACAGUGAACAUUGUUGUGUGCUGUUUUUUGAAUGUAGUGCUUUUGGAAAUGAUACCAGCUGUUAAAAUAGAAAUCUGCCGAUUUUUCAUACGAGCGCAUGCAACCAUCUCAUGUUUGUAUAGCACAUACUACAUUCAUUUUCCAAUGGUUGCAGUAGGCCUUGAGCAAAUGUACAUAACUGACCUGCCAAAGCUUCUGUAAAUACAAGUUGUACAAAAUGAAA